AGGAGUGUUCUAGUUAUGUAGCAGGUUACAAACUUUCAUACCCUCAGAGUAGGACUCUGUCCUGGUUUGGGGAAUGUUCCCAUGCAACAGCAUAAGGCUGUCAAUUCCAUUUUAAAUAACUUUCUCUAUUCUCGAAGCCAAAGAGGUGUUUCUUUAUUCAUUCUUACCGCAAGGCAUGAAAACAAGUACAAGCCAGUGAUCUGUGGAGAUGUAAGAUGCUCAAAGUUAAGAAGAAUCAGAGUUUUCAAGUUUAGUAGGUCACACUCUUCUCACUGAUGACUCAGAAGUCAGUCUCAUCCUUUGCUGAUGCUUGGGAUCUCACUGGAUUUCACAGUAAAGUUUGUCAGCGUGAACAAAUCAGCUUCACAUGAGUGUUCAUAUGAUCAAAUGACAUGUGGAACUCUAGUUUUAAGAUCUAUUUAGUAGAUAGAUAGAAAACAAGAAGACUCAAAGGAGAUUUUUUUUUUCCUAAUAUUUGAGUUGAAGUUCACUUGACUUGGUCUUUUGCAGGCAGUUAGAUUCCUGCUGGCCUGUUUCUGUGCCCCUAACAGUGUAGCAAAAGAUCAGAUGCAGGUGAAAGAUAGCUAAAAAGAAAGAGUGAGAAGAGCCAAAUUAAAUUAUUCUUGUCACUGAUGUCAGUCAUCACUAGAUGGCCACUAAACAUAAAGCAGUUCCUUUACAGGCUAGAAAAUGUUAGUGCAUAUACAAAAGCUUUGCAAGCCAGGUAAUUGUUACAACAGAAAAACAUCAGUGAUGAUCAGUCAGCAAGGGAACUGUUCUUCCAUGUCCUAUGGCAUCUGUCGAGGUCCCUUCUCAGUGUCCUUCUGUUCUUAUUGUUCAGAGCAUGUGAGCUCUAUGCCUGGCAGGCGUGUUUGUAAUUAAUGUUUCCAGCAUCAUCCUGAUGCUGGUUGCUGUGCCACGAAGAACAUGUGUUCCCAUGAAGUCGGGCUGUCAUGAGGACCGCUCAAGGGUAGCACUGAACUUUCAGGCUACUGCAUUAUAAGCUGGUCUCUGUGCAGAAUAAUAAAAGCAAGCCUUGGUGGAGAAGUGGGUGAGCUGAGAUUCUUAAGAUUAAAAACAGGCUUGAAGAGGGAAGGGCAUCAGCCUGUCAGGGGGACUCAUAAAGGGAGUUCACCAGGAUUCUUAGUGCUGUGAAAGUGAAAUAACUACAAAUACAUGCUUGUAUAAAAGAGUGCUCAUCUGCCAGGGAAUUCACUCCCCUGGGACAUGAUAAACAGAGAAAACGUUCUUAGCCUUAUUCUUCAGUAGGUUUCAUUAAUAUUGGCUGCAGCCUUUUUUUUUUGGAUGCCUAUUACUCAAGACUUAUAGAACACCCACUGCUGCAAGUCAGCAGUCAGCAAUCUGGCAUAAAAAGAUAAAUGCCCAACUGAGACAUCACAACGCUUGUGUCUGGCCCUGGAUUCUUCUCCAACAUUGCCCAGAGGAUGUGCUGAUCAGGGAGGGUAGCCCCUGUCUGCAGCCCGCUCCCCUGCACUCUCCUGCAUCUACCUCUGUUGUACUGGGGAUUUUAGGAGGAGCAUCCUUGUCUGUUCCUUGUACUGUUUGUUUAUUGACCUGUUGUCCUUGGAUUUGUUUAAUCCCUUUUUGAACCUGCUGAUGCUGUCUGCUUGUGGCAGACGUUACAGGUCAUCACUGUGGCAACAAAUUCUAGAAAUUCACUGCUGUCUCAGCAGAAACGUACCAUCUUUUAUUAAUUUUAAAUUAUUUCCUGCUAGUUUUGGUGAAUACCUCCCACAUCUAAUAAUACUGAACUGAGUGAAAAAACAGUUCUAUGAGUACCUUAUCCACUAUCUUCAUAAUUUUGUAAAUCUUGAUCAUACCUCUGUCAGACUUUUGCUUUUUAAGCUGGAGACCCCCAGCCUUUUCAGUCCGUCUUGGUGAAGGAUCUCCUCUGUCCCCUUAAUCAUUGCAGUUGCCUCUCUGUGUACAUGUUUCCACCUUAUCUUUCUUUAAAUGCAGAAACCAGAGAUGGCCUCAGUACUUGGAAGGCCUGUAGGCUUGUGGAGAUUGAACUUGAAGAUGGAACCAAAGCCCUGAAGAAUUUCCUGCACCAGAGGACCAUCACGGUUGCCAGUUAAGAUAUUCACUGGGCACAGAGAUGGAAAUAUGUUUGUAAAACACUGAAAUAAUAACAGCAGUUUGUAAUGUACUUGAUAUUUUGUACUGUAAAUAGUAAUGUCACAUUACAGAAAAACAGAGAUAGGGCGGGUCGGAAUAACAUAGCACUACCUCACACUUUGUGAAUAAAAUGGUUUAACACAUGGUCCCAACCCUCCCAGCACUUCCAGCUGUAGUGUUGCCAAGAGCAAUCACAUGAAUUUGCAGCGACUGUUCAGGGAAGCAAGCAGCAUCCUUGCCUUGGAAACCCAUGAUGCUUAGGUGUGUGCAUACAUGUGUGCAUAUAGAGGUACUUUGUUGUUUGGUUUUUUUUUAAGUCUUGUAUUUUGCUGAUAUAAAUAUCAGUGCCUUAAAAUGGUAGAGUGAAGGCUGGGUGUAAUUGUGUGGAAAGACUGAAUUUCCUUUUUGUGUACAAAAUUUACAGAUAGACUGAGAUAUUGUUUUACGUAGGUGAAGAUUAGGAAUGGAUCUGAAGGGUCCCUGAACGUUGACUACGGGGGUAAGGAUUUUUAAAUCUCAUGAUCCAUUUUUUAGCGAGAAUUAUUUUUUGCCAAGCUUUGUGCCAUUGUUCCCUGCAGAUGAAGAGUUAACCCUGAAGGGGUGACUUUGUCUAGUAAGGACUAUCACUUUUUGGCAAUGCUCACUGAAACAGUGAGGGAAUAUCCCAAGUUCUUCCUGUGUGAUCAGCUUUGUGUGAAUUUUAACUCCUACAUUCUCUGUUGUUUGCAUGCUUUGAAGCUGGAUAGUUGUGUCUUGGUUUUGGUAGAUGUUUGGGGGUUUUUUUAAAGCCUUAGAGACCACUAUUCUUGCCAGAGAUCAGCAGUGAGGUUUUACCCUACUGACCUGUGCUCCAAGGAUAUCCAUGUUUUUUACUGGAAUCUAUAAAUGAAUGUAUGAAAUUGGAUUUACUGAUUGGCAAGGAGAAAACUGAAAGAAGUGUUAUGUGUGAAAGGCAUCACAGUACUUGUUGGCAUCUUCAGUCCUUUAUGUGUACAGAGAAGUGACAGUAUACAUCAAUAUUUAGUUUGAAUUUCAACAUUUUCUAUCAAGGUAACAGGAUAAGUAAUUUACAGUCAACAUUUUGUCCAUUAAACUUUGUCUUAUGAAUCUGAUUUCCAGUGUUUUAGGAAGAGCAACACAUUUUCUAGGAUAAAUAUAGUCUACUUUGGCACCUCUUUCAUUCAUUUUUCUGCCUUUUCCCUCUUCAUUAUGAAUGAUAAUCCAUCCAAGAAGCUGCAGUGGCUUUACUGUGCAGCUGCACUCCACAUAUAAGCAGUUUGGCUGCCUUCCCAAAAUGGCACAUUUCAACUAUCACUGUCAUAAAAGCUGCUACCAAGGAUUCUAACCAUACUGAUAGACUUGUGUUUGGACCAGCUUCAUUAUAUUUUUAAGUCAGGGCAUAGUCAAGAAUAUUCCUGGCCCCUAGCUACACAGUACAGUAACACUCUUAAAUUUCAUCUCAUGGGACAUCAGCUGUCACUUUUGAGUCAUUGAGAAAUGAGUCUGAUAUCUACCCAGUCCUUGGUGAAACAUUUGCUCAUAGGACCAUCUGCCCCUUUAAUAGAGUUGUCGUUUUGGUAUCGCUUCCAUUUCUGCAGCAGCUGCCCAUUGAUAAUAAGUCAGACAUGGGGAUGUCACAGAGGAGAACUGCAAAGCCUGACUGCAGUCCUGUCCUUUCCCUCAGCUUGCUCUGCCAGCACAUCAUCUCCCCAAUUAAUGAAAUCCUCGUUGUUCUCUCUGCCUGAUCCACCCUUCAGAUUUCUAAUUGGACCGUCCCCAGCCAGAGAGGCAAGUCAUGCGGUAGCUCAGACCAAUGCCUUUUUCAUGGCCUCCACUUAUAGGGAGCAUCUUUCUGUGCCUGCUGAGAUGUGGUUUUUAGCUUGGCUUGGCUAACUCAGAUUAAAACAUUGGCAAAGAUACAAGAAUUUAAUGUUUCACAUGGAUUAGCAUUUCUAAGUUCUCUUUUUAGGCUUGAACUUGAACUGAUAAUCUCUGUUUAUUAUUAUACUUGCCAGACAUCUGCCUUUCAGCUGUCAAAGUGAGCAUCCUACAGAACCACUGCAAAUCUGAGCUGCCCUGUUUGUGGCACCCCAAAAAUACUGAGCCACCCAGUGACUCCCACAGGGCGCAAGGGAUUGGCGCUAAUGCUGUGUGCUUUGGGAUGUAGGCAUCUUGUAGGCUGGUUAGCCUGACUGAAAAACUUGCUUUUAUGAAACGAGCAUCAGUGUUGGUGACUUUCAACCAUGCUUCUCUUACAGGUGUCUUCUGGUACCAGGCACAAAUGUGCCAAUAGGUGUUAUGAAAUAAUGUGGUGUCUUUCUAAUAGUUUUGCCCAUUAGCUUGAGAUUUGGGAGACGCAAAUUAACUUUUUUGUCCUGCUAUUGAUUUUCUGUAUCCUUUGUAGUGUCUUGAUUAACUUCAGACAAUAUGUGUUUAGGCAUGUGUUCUAAAAGUUAUGUAUCUAGUCUUGAUUGGUUACUAAGGCUUUUUGUAUAUGGUAGAAAGAUGGGCACCAUCCUAAAAUGUGUGCCUAAAUUAGAUAAGGUAAAUAGCUUCCUGGUGGUGUGUAUUUCUCUCGAGUCCAGAGGAAUUCUGGAUUGUAAGUUUAGAUUAGACGCUUAACUUUGUGAUGGCAGAAAAGUGAACCCAGGUCUUGCAGUCUCUCUGUGCCUCUUUUCAUGAGCUGUACAAAUCAUUAAUGAUUAUCUACUAUUCCACAGGAUGUUGUGGUUGGUAUUGAUGAAAGUGCACAGAGAUUUUUAUAAGUAACCAAAUUAUGCAGAAGGAAACCUGCCCCUGUGUAGGCAGCGGUGACCCAGAUGAAAUGACAGUGGCUUCUUUUGAGUGGGAAAUAAAAAGAGAACCAUUAUUCUCUUUCCAAACAGCUAGCUUUAUGAUUUAUGAAGUCAAGAGCAUAAGCAGCUUUUGUAGCUAUCUUGACUCCAUUUUCUGCUUCCCUACAGUUAGUCUUUCACAGAUUUCUGUAUGUGUACCAUUUGAUCACAAACCCUGUGCCUCCACCCAAGUCUGGCAUUGGAAAAAAUGUCAUCUGCGACCGAACGGCGACUCCCCUGGAUGCCUUUAGGAUGAUGACCGCAGCUCAUUAUUACCCAAAGCUCAUGAGUAUCAUGGGGAACGUUUUGCGCUUCCUGCCUGCGUUUGUGAAGAUGAAGCAGCUGAUCCAGGAGGGCUACGUCGGGGAGCUGCUGGUGUGUGAGGUGCAGGUUCACAGCGGCAGCCUGCUGGGCAAGAAGUACAACUGGAGCUGUGAUGACCUGAUGGGAGGCGGGGGCUUGCACUCGGUUGGCACCUACAUCAUCGACCUCCUCACCUUCCUCACCAGCCAGAAGGCCGUGAAAGUGCACGGGUUGCUCAAGACCUUCGUAAAGCAGACGGACCACAUCAAAGGGAUACGGCAGAUCACCAGUGACGACUUCUGUACGUUUCAGAUGGUCCUGGAAGGCGGUGUGUGCUGCACGGUGACGCUCAACUUCAAUGUCCCGGGGGAGUUCAAACAAGACAUUAUUGUGGUGGGUUCGUCAGGACGGCUGAUUGUAAUAGGCACUGAUCUCUACGGACAGAGCAACAGCUCUCCUCAGCGAGAGCUCCUGCUAAAAGACUCCACGCCGGUCAGCAACUCCUUACUCCCAGAGAAGGCCUUCAGUGACAUCCCAUCCCCCUACCUCCGAGGCACCAUUAAGAUGGUUCAAGCUGUCCGACAGGCAUUUGAGGACCAGGACGACAGGAGGACCUGGGACGGGAGGCCCCUCACGAUGGCUGCCACUUUUGAUGACUGUCUGUAUGCCCUGUGCGUGGUGGACACCAUUAAAAAGUCCAACCAGCUGGGGGAGUGGCAGAACAUUUCAAUCAUGACUGAGGAGCCAGAACUGAGCCCGGCGUACUUAAUCAGCGAAGCCAUGCGGAAGAGCAGGAUGUCUCUGUACUGCUAGCUCCUCUCAGCUCCCGGGAAAGAAUAGGAACCAGACAGUUCUUGAGGGAGAUGAUAAUUCAGCCCCUGUGAAGGGCUUGGACAUCUUAGAAACAGCUGAGGAUAUGGAGAAGGAAGUAGGGUGUUUGGAUCAACUAAAUCUGUUGAUGGCUAAAUGCCAAAGUGAUAAGGUCCUUAGAAAUGCCCAAAACAGAGAGGAGACAUAAGAGCUGACACAACUUAACUGUUUUAAUAACAGUAUUAGCUGGCUGGUCAGAAAGAUAUAUCAUGGACUCAUCUCCUGCUUGCAGGUGCUUUAGAUUAUCCAAUUGUGUUUACUGUGAAAGGUUGGGAAGAUCCUAUAAGAUUUCCCCUACCUACCAGAGGGCUGUGAAGGUGCUGUCAUGUCAUUAAAUUUUCUGUAAUGUCUGACAUGAAUGGUUCCUACCAUGACAGCUGACACCGCCGUGCUGUAGUACUACACCUCUAACCAACACACAGAGUAACAGGACUUGGUAUGAAAGUGUCACAUGAUAUGGAAAAUCUUGGCAGCUCACUUUUCAUACAGCUUGUUAGGAGCUUCUCUGUGUUGGUUUAGCUAGUUGUUUUUUAUUUGUUUGUUUGUUUUAAAGCACAAUUAAGUAGGAAAAUGUGUGGCUUUUAAAACAAAGCAGUCCUCAACCACAGUGCAUAUGCCUCAGUAUUGGGGAAGGGAGGGUCUUCUGUGAGCUCCUGGUAAGCGUCAGUAUUAAUUGCACAGAUUUGCUGGUUAAAAUGGGUUGUGCAAAACCUUCAUGAAUGGCAAGUGGCAUGACACAGUAGUGACAGUGGAUUUUAUUAUACAGCUGAACUCAGGCUAGUCUUAUGAAGGUUUACACACAAUUUCCUGUGUCUGGGACUGACUUUUGAGUUAAUUCAUCACGUAUUUUGGUUUUAGGUGGACACUCAACGAGUGGUGAGUGUGAGUGAGAAACAAAAGAGAUGAGAAAAUUUCCCGUCCAUUUCCAGGGGGAAAAAAUUACACAAGACCCCCACCUUUUCAUCUCCUUAAAGUGACCGGCUCCUGGUACUGUAGUCAUCAUUCCCUGUCGUCAGUGCAGGGGUGGGCAAACUCUUCUGAUGUGUUUGUCCUGUUCUUCUUUUUAAUGUUUUAGAUUGCAGUCUUGAAAUAAUAUAUUAUUUCAUUAAUAUAUUAUUGAAAGAAUAUAGUGAAAGGCACAUUAAUUAUCCCAGUAAACAGGGAUGCUGAUUUUUCUGCAUAAAGCUGCUCCAGUGCUCAUGUGUUUACAGUGCUAGGUUCUCAGAUAGGAAAAAAAGUAGAACACAAGCAUAAAGCACUAAAUUAUACUAAACUUGAGAAAAACCUUUUCAGGUUUUUUUUGUUAAUUUUGACUAGGGGAAAGAAGAGAACAUUUGGAUGAGCAGUAAAUUAAAAAAGAAAUUAUGACCCUCUUUCUCAACGCCAUCAGAUUAGUGUUGCCAUUUUAGGAUAGAAAGAGAACUGUCAGAAUAAUUUAGAUUUUUUUAAAAACACAGUUUUGCUAAUUUUAGGAGCACUAAGGGCUUCUGUAGAGGCUUCUACAAAUUACUCUGUCUGAUUGCUGUGUGCUCCUCUCUGUCGUGUUCCCAGUUUUAAAGCUUCAUGGUUUGGAACAGGAGGGCAUCAGUAGUGUGAUUCAGCUCAACUGACUUUAGUCAGCCGAAAGCUGAGUGUCUUGUCCUGAUCAGCUGUGCAAGAACACGGUAAUCAAUACAGAGAGAGCUCUCCAAAGGGUGACUCAGUUCAUCCCAAGAUUGAUAUAGAAGAAGGUGCCCAUUGGAAAUUCCCAUCCUUGUCCUUUGCAGAGAAUCUUGGCUUCUAAAUGCUUAGGUGGCUAAAGUUAGGAAACUUGACUCCCACCGCAAAAUUAUUAAUGUGUAUUUAAUUUUUGGAGAGCACAUGCCUGACUCUUCAUGAAAUAUUCCCCAAAGUGUAAUAGUGUGACUGAUGAAGGAAUAAUGUAAUACUGCAAGACCACACCCAAAUAGAGAAUUGUUUCUAUCCAUGUUGUUCUGCCAGUUCUAGCAACUGUCUCUGGGGCUGAGCGCUUCUGCUAAGACCUUGGGAAAGCUUUCAUCAUUUCUUCUUGGAAGCAGCCUUUGACAAGUUUGGAUGUUUUUCCUAAAAACCUCUGAGAAUUCCUGUGGUGGUAACUGUGCCAACAGGAAUUUGCCAUUAUAAUUGUCAUGUUGUACCAUGCUAUCCAGUUCCUGCCCUGAAAAAUAUACAGAGAAAUACCAGAAGAGAGAAUUUGAUCAAGAAAUCAUCUCUCUCCUGAAAAAUGAAACUAGCCCCAAAAGGAUCAAGAGUUUUUUCCUAUAGUAAAGCAAAAAGCAUUUAUUGAAAAUAGUGUCUAAUUCAAGUCAUGAGUGCAAGCCCAGUGGAUAAUUAACCAUGUCUAGUUAAACAUCACCCAAAACUGGAACAAAACAUGGACCAAAAUGUUUGUGAGUCUUGCUUCUUAGUGGUUUGGCCAUUGUGCUGGAAUGACUGUGCACCUCAUUUUGGUUCAGAAAUGUUGACAGUUUUUCCUGUCUUUAUUUACUUUUUUCCUGUGUCCUCCUGGGUAUUGUGAUGCCAGCUGAAAAACGAUAUAACGAUAUGCUGGAGUCCUGUUCCCCACCCCUGCAGAGAGCAGUCCCCAGGCAAGACACAGUGUGUAGGGAUAGUACUACUGAGCUCAACCUUUCUGUCCCGGAUCCAAAGGUUUAGGUGACAGACAUAAUCCCUCCUCUGUGCAGACUUACUGAUACAGAUAGCACUGCUUAGCAGAAAGAAAAUCUAAUGCUUUGGUUUCACAGCCAUCUGAUGCUAGGAUUAGUGCUGGCUUGCAAAUCCUGUCUACCUCGUUGUGCUGGUCCCUGAGAGGCAGGCAGAAAGAGCAGGGCCAGGGUGGGACCUCCUCUUCUGACAGCAGAGAUCUGCUCGAUUUAGAUGAACUUGUUACCUAAGUGGGAUGGCAGCAGUUACUGCAUACGUUCAGGAUUGUGUGACAGUUUUUCCAUCCCGUAGGAGGUGAAGGUGCUGUAGUGUCAAGUGUAAAGAUACUAAACUUCCACCUGGCUUAGCGGAGGAAGGAAUUGGUUUAUUUAUAGAAUGUGUAUUACUAUUCUGAGGUAUUAUUACUUUACAGUCCGGGAUCUUUCUUGGCAGCAUCAAGCCCUCUGCUCUUUUGGUACAGUUCAAAGUACAUUACAUUGCCCUAAGCAGUCUCUGGAGUUCACAUGGGGUUUGAGAAUUUGGGCAGCAUAUAGCAGAGAUGGACCUGAUUGAGCUCAAAGGCAGUACCACACCAGGAAACGUAUAUUUGGAAUUGCACUUUUAAUGCUGUUCUUUAACGCCGUGCCACAAGAUUUGAGAUUAAUGCUGCUAGAAUUGGUGCAGGCCUAAUAGCCAAACUGUGGCUACUGCUGGAAUUUUCAGUAGCCCCCAAAUGAGCUUGUUCAUGCCCUAGGUAAGGAAUGUUCAUUCCUCUUCCCUGGGGGUGCUGUUGGAGAGGUUUUCCUUUGCCAUCAACCGAUGUAUGCAGGAUACUGAACAUUAUGGUCUGUUGCCAAAGACAAAAGAGCCAAAGGGGGGAGCCCAUGAGAAACACUCUGCUGCUCUGCAGGGGUCUGUUCCAAUGCUAGGACUGUCAGCUGAGAGAUGAUGUCUUAUUUUGCAUGGGAAUUGCAUUGGGGUCCACACCAGGGGUAGGGCAACCCUGUGCUGUGAGACAGCAGCCCACAAGUCCAGUCCUUCCAUGUGCUCAAAGGGAGAGUGGUGGCUGCAGCAGGCAGUGACAGGGAGGUGUUUAUGCAGUCUGGUACCUAUAUGACCUAUAUGCCUGCACCAACAGGGAGAAUAUAUGCUGGUCAGGCAGAAGGUGAGGGCUGCACCUCCUGAUGUGACAGCAGCAGCCUUGCCCCACCUCUGUGUUUGGGAGCCCAAGAAGGGACCCGGCCCUCGGGGAAGCAGCAUCUGUCCUAUAUUCCUGCCAGAUUCGUGCAUGUCCUCAGUGCUGAACUCACUGAGGUCCUACAUGGAGGCAUAACAACUCUGCAAGUGCUUGGGGCUCCUCUAUCUAAUAUCAUGCAUGUGUUCAAUUAGGAGUACUUUAGCUGUGUAGUUAGAAAAUACCAAGUAGAGAUGAUACAUCCUUACCCGUGCAGCCAACACGGCAGAGAAUCGGGGCGUGCACAGAUGAGUUUAGGCUCAGGAUGGGCUGCUGUGGAGUUCAUCCUUUGCUUUGGCUGAAAGCAUGAGAAAUUCCUACCCAGCCAGAUGAGGGCAAUCAGAGGCACUCUCCACUUUGUACUUAGUGUUUCCUUCUUUUGUAUGGCUUUUGAAUCAGUGACCAUACAAGGGAGCAGCUGUCCUGAAAGUUCAGCCAUUCAGAAAAGGAGGCUUUGCUGCUGCGUGUGGCCACAGUGCAAGGACAACUCAGUUUCUCUGUUAUUUAUUUCUGUGUCCAUACAAAUGUGGGAAAGACUCCAUUUAAAAGUACUAAUUUCUCUACCAAAAAAAAAGAAAAAAAGAAAACAAAAAAUAUAUAUUUGGUGGGUAAAGAUAAACAUAGUAUCUUGAUGGUGUCUUUGCAGAGAUUCAGAAAUCGCUGAUGGAAGAAUUUCUUGUUGCCGAUAAUUUUUAUAUUUGGCUUUUAUCUAUGGCCUUCAGUAUAAAAUACCACCAUUCAUGAAGUCUAGUAACUGUUGAGUUCUGUUUUUACAAGGGUUUAAAAGUACCCAGCAGACUUUUUGCUUUGUGCGGAUACUCAACACUGGUGUAAUGUUCCAGUGGCCCAGUGAUACACCUUUAAGUAUAUAUGAAACUCCACGCUGGACUGUUUGAGCUCUGCAGUGCUCUCUGGGUAUCCAGGACUAGUUGUCAAAUGGCAGGAUAUUCAGGACAGCAGUUUCUUGUUGUUGAAGUUGUUACUUGUGGGGAGCAAAGUUUGUAAAUGUUAGAGAUGAAGUAUGGCUGAAUAAUAAUUGGCAGUCUUAUCUGCUUUCAGUUUUCUCUCUUUUGAGCUGCUGGAUGAAGUCUGUCCAAUAAAAAGUUUCCCCUUAACAAUAACUGCCCACUUCCAUUUGCUUAUGAAAACAAGUAAUUUUAAGUAAACGGGACUAUACAUAAUGCUGCAUUCAUGAACCGAUGUCAUAACCUCAUGACUUACUGGAGCCAGAGCCCAGGCAAGUAAUGACUUUUUUUAAACUGCCAAGUCAAAGCCUUGGGGUUGGGGAAUGAAGGGUAUCAGCUUAGGUCAAACUGAAAUAGCUUUUAUUCAGCAUUUUCAGUUAAAUGAAUAAACAGAAUGGCUAUGGUCAGUCCAAAACUGAACACAAAACAUGUUUGUAGAAGGUCAUUUGCAUUUUUUCUUUCAGGAUUAAGUUACAUUUUUAAAGAAUGCUGUUUUGAAAUGAAAAGUUUUAAAAAAAAAAUCCAUCUUGUAUUAUGUUUUGGCAUGUGUGAAAUUAACUGUUUGGGGACAAGUGUGUUUUGUGGUUUGUUUGUUUGUUUAAAGUUCAUACUUUAAAAAAUCCCAUCCGUAAGGUUCAGUGAACAUCCAUUAAGGACGUUCAGUGAAUUCAGCUGCCCUUGGGCAGGUUUGGCUCUGAACCUGCAGCCUCACAGUGUCAUGCAGUGACCCCAUUUCUAGCAUCUGAAUAUGACCAUCUGGGUUCCAUUUGUGUCUUCUUGUGGCAGUGGGAAAACUGGUUCAUUACAUGGAGUUGGCUACAGAUAAUCAAGAUACUUUCUGCAGCAGUGCCAGCCAUCGUCUUUAAAAGCACUUAACUCUGUUAACUUGUUUACCAUAGUUACUUGUGACCUUCCAGCCAUGUGCUGUCCAUUACUUUUCUUUUUACACCAGCUGUCAGACUCGCUUCCCUCCCCUUUCCGUUUCUCAUUCCACUGCAAGCCAUGAGGCGGGUCUUCUUUGUUCCUCAGUCUGUGUUACACAUGGCAUACAGGGUGGCUAACCUACAACUCGCAGUAACUUCGGACAACAGAUUCAUUAAAGAAUAUGCUAACACCACAACUGCUCGAGUAGGUGGCACACAGAAUGCCCGGCCAGGGCGGGAAUCAAAGCCUCCCUGCUAUGCUGUGCUUCGCAAGCGGCACUCGCUGUUUCUCUCUGUACUGGUUUUCUUUUAUUUGGUUUUGAAAAUGAGAAUAUGUUCAGUUUGUUGCUUUGUCAUUAUUAAGUAUAUAUUUAUUGUUUUUCAGACAUACAUACAUAUAUAUAAAUGCUAUAUAUAUAUAUAUAUAAUGUCAACGCAUGGACAUAUGUACAGUAGAUAUUUUAAAGAGCUAUUUAUCAAGAGAAGUAAGUGUUAUAAGUAAACAGAGUUUAUAUUUUAUAUAUUAUGUAGAUAGCAAAAAAAAAAAAAGUGGUUAAAUUAUAGUAGGACUUUUGGGGGUGGGGGAUGGGGUUGGAGAAACAGGCAAGGACUGGUUCUAGCAUUUUAAAUAGCCAAACUACUUUGUACGGAAGCUGCCUGCUGUGCCUCUCGGCUGCAAUAUCUGUUUGUUUCUUCUUCUGGAAGAUGAUGUGCAUUGUUACUUUUACAUUGCUUGGGGAAUGUAGUUAGUUUAUUCUCAGCCAACUGGUAUGUGCUGCUUAAAACAUGGUUUCCUGCUGUUCUGCAUAUUUGCAUUGAUGGAAUAAAAGGAUCUUAACUGGCAAAUAAAAAUGUAAAAGGAUGUGA